AUGGCGUCCUCAGAAAUUAUCAAGCGCAUGCAAGACGCCGCUACGGCAUACGACAGGGAAGAGCUCGGCGCUCGAGCAACUCUACUGGACUUGAAUCGUCAGCUCCUGGCAGAACUGGAGACACCAACCGAUUUUGUGCAGCGUAUCUGGUUCACUACUGCUUCUCUUGGCGGCAGUCUCGAAGUCGCAAACAACACGAAGAUCUUUCAACAUCUUCAAAAAGCCAAGGAUGGACUCACCACCCAAGCCCUUUCUGAAAAGACCGGUAUCGCCGUACCUUUGCUCGAUCGUUUCAUGAGACACUUCGCUGCCCACAAAGUCGUCCGUUUCUCCAAACCUACUGGUUGGCAUGCCACGGGUCUUUCCAACGCCCUCGCCAAGGAGAACUACCAACAUAGUAUCUCAUUCUGUCAACGCGCCGCUACAAAGUCGUUUUGCUUCUUCCCCGACCACUUCAAGCAGGCCAACUACCAGCAUCCCGGCUCACCUGAUGGGCCAUAUCAAUAUGCUCACAACUCUUCUCUUCCUUUCUUCGACUGGCUAGUCGCCAAUCCUCCUUAUAUCAACUGGUUUGGAUCGUUCAUGUCAGUUUACAGAGCCAGUAACCAGGAUCGGUGGGAGUUCUAUCCUAUGGAAGAGCGUCUAGCUACUGGUUUUGACGAAUCCAGAAGCGAUGUGUUCGUGGUUGACGUUGGAGGUGGCCGAGGGCAUGAUCUAUUGUCUUUUGCGAAUGGAAUCCAUUCAUCCGGCCGGCUAGUCCUACAGGACCUACCAGAAGUCAUCGCGGAUGUGACCGAGACAAUCGCUUUUGAAAGUCAAGCCCACGACUUCUUCACACCGCAGCCCAUUCACGGAGCUAUAUCGUACUUCCUCCACUCUAUCCUUCACGACUGGAGUACCGAGCAUGGUGUUCAGAUACUGAAGAACUUGAAGCCUGCUCUGACACCAGGGUAUUCAAAAGUCCUGAUCAACGAAAUCGUUCUCUCCGAAGAGAAUCCUUCUCUACCUGCUACCUCAAUGGAUAUGAUGAUGCUAGGACACAUUGGAGAGGCUUGUGAGCGUACCGAGGAGGACUUCAGAGCCAUCGCAGCAGAAGCUGGGUUGGAGGUUGUUGAGAUCUUUUCAAAUGCCGCAUCACCUGAGAGUGUCAUUGAGCUCAUGCUGCCAUACAAAGAGAAUCGAAUUUAG